AUGUCCAUGCUAUUUCUUUACUUUACUAUCGCUAUCCUUGUGAUGGUUAAAGCUACCAGUGACAGUGGUUGCUCUGCUGAGUAUGAGAUACCAACAACUACGAAGUCAUCGAAAACCGAAGCCGAAGAGGUUCCAAAACCAGAACCAUUAGAGAAAGUAGAUGAAACCCUUGCAGAUGAGCAAACUGCGCGCCCUCUGAAAGAAACUGAUGAACAGGUGCAAAGGUAA